AUGAUUUCUUGGGGCUAUGAUUUAGGAGGUUAUAGUUAUACAAAAGAACAAGUUUCAGCCAUGCGGCAAGAAAGGAAUAGGUUGCAGAAAGAAUUCAUGAAGGAUUUCGAUCUUAACACGAAGGCUCUGAUACCAAUUUUAAAGAAAUUGAUGUUAUUUGAGAGUUCUUUUCUCGUUUGGACAACAUUAUCAACAUUAUCAUUUCUAUCUCUAAACGAAUCACAGAGUUACAAUUUGCUCAAAGAAAUAAAAUUGAGCAUAUACCUUGCAAAGGAAAUCUUUAGACAUCUUGCUGCUAUGAAAUUUGUUUCUACUACAACAAAACUCCUUAAAAAAAAAAAGAGAGAUUAUGAUUGUGAAGAAUUUCUUCAGGAAGUGAAAAAGUUUUGCUCAAAACAUGAUAUUAAAAUACCGGACCUAGAAAGUUUGUAUAAGGAUGGUCCUUGUUGUUCUCAUGAUCAAAUUACAAUAGAGCAUCACUUUGAUGUUUUCAAUGAAACAAUAUAUUUCAUAUUGAUGGUAUUAAAUAUAAGAUUUAAUGAUACAUCAGUUGAACUUCUCACACUCAGUGCAGCUUUGGAUCCUAAAAAUUCGUUUGAAUCAUUUAGCAUUCAUGAUAUUUUUACACUUGCUGAAAAAAUUUAUCCUGAAGAUUUUUCAAAACAAGAUAUUCGUACUUUGAAAUAUUAG